UGACGUCAUCCCCUUCGAAAUAUCUCCAGCGGACCUCGGAGUACCGCAAAUCGCAGUCCGAGGACGCCGUUGAGAUCAUCGUAGUUUACGUCGUCGCCGGCGGCGGUGGACGGUGACGGUGGGAGGUGACCGGAUCCAGAAACAGGCAAUGGGCGGUGACCGGAUCCAGAGCGAGGUGAAUGGGAGUUGUAAGGGAGGCGGAGAGGGCGAGAGGAGAUCAAAGCUGUUAACUUUACCGACGGUUCUCACACUUGGACGAGUCGCCGCCGUUCCUCUUCUAGUGAGCACUUUUUACAUGAAUAAUUCGUGGGCCACAUCCGCUACAACAAGCAUUUUUAUUGCUGCAGCAGUUACAGACUGGCUAGAUGGCUACAUAGCUCGGAAGAUGCAGAUAGUAACGCCUUUUGGUGCAUUCUUGGAUCCUGUAGCUGAUAAGCUAAUGGUUGCUGCCACAUUAGUAAUGUUGUGUACAAAACCUUUAGAGGCUGCAAUAUUUGAAGGGGUGCCUUGGCUUUUGACUGUCCCUUCGAUUGCUAUUAUUGGUAGAGAGAUAACAAUGUCAGCAGUCAGAGAAUGGGCUGCAUCUCAGAAUACCAAAGUUCUUAAGGCCGUGGCAGUGAACAACUUGGGGAAAUGGAAAACAGCAACACAAAUGAUUGCAUUAAUUAUCCUCCUUGCGUCUAGAGAUUCAAGGUCUUGUCCUUAUUCCUGCAAAACUCUGGUUCCAUGUUCUCUUGGAUCAAGACGGUCUGCUUGCUUCGGGUGUAAUCCUGCUUUACAUUUCCGCUGGCCUUUCUCUAUGGUCCUUAGUUGUGUACGUGCAAAAUAUUUGGAGAAUCUUGCUGAAAUAGCCCCGUAUGGAUUGAGGUUUCCGCUCUGACAUACGAUUAUACACUUCUUAUAAAGAAUUAAGACAUCCGGUUUACUACUGACCUACCUUUAUGUUACCAAUCAACGUGAGCUCCUUGUGUUUGAUAUGGGAUCUCAUGGGAAAGAUUUUACAGAGAGAGAAUAUAUAAGCUGACAUUUGUGUCAUUUUAUGUAUCAUUUGGUGCAUUGGUCUGAAUAAGGGUGAGGUUCUAUUAUGGAUCUUGUAGAAGCGUUCUGUGUAACUACUAUGGAAUUGGUAUAGUUUGGCCCUAUUUGGGUUUCGCAAACCGCGGUUGUGAUAUAAUAUAUUUGUGAAUGAAUAAUUACAUAGA